AAAAAAAAAAAAACAGACUCUGUCCCCUCCUCAACGGAACCAUGAAACCCGAAGACCGUGUUAGCGAUUCUGCGUUUGCGAUGGGCGCGCCGCCGGCUAUUUGAUCUUGAUCAUCAUUCUCAUCUUCAUCAUGUUGAUGUUGAUUUUAAGAAUCAGAAGGCUUUGAAAAGAUGAUCGGAUUUUAUCGACGGACCGGAUGGGAUGGAUGAACGAUGGAUGGAUGGUCGAACGACGAAGACCUUUUCCUAUACGAGACGAACCGAAUCCUCCUCCCCCGUCCUUCCUCCGUUCCACCGUCUAUUUUCUAUCGACGUCGUCUUUAUCGCCGUGUCCAUCCCAUCAUCCAUGUCCGCCGUCCUCAACAAAACACACACCUGCAUCGAUAUCGACCCCUCCGUCCAGGUCUCUCUCUCUCUCUCUCUCUCUCUCUCUCUCUCUCUCUCUCUCUCUCUCUCUCUUCCAUCCUAACUCUUCCUACGUACUACUAUUACUGACUACUUACUCCUUACUUACCACUUACUCCCACCUACCUCCAUACCUCCCUACCUCCCUACCCCUACCCCCCCUCUACCUACCACCACUCCACCACCCCACCCUCAACCGUCAUAUCUACUUCUAUCUACCUAUCUACCCACCACUCCUACCCCUACUCCUCACCCCUAACGUCUACCACCGCUCCAACCACUACUUCCCUGACUCCACGUGAUACCCCACCACCCGGUUUAUGUUGGUUGACCCAUUAUCGCUAUGAACCCGAAAUUGCAGAAUGGCAGGAUUGCAGAUGGAUGUCUACUCUAUUCUAGUCUACUUCUCAACGUGUUGUUCCUGUUCCGGUUCCUGUUCUGGGUCUACUUCUUCUACUACUACUCU